UGUAGUCUGGCUGCAUUCCAAUCUAAGUGCGCACCUUUGGUAGUAGCUUUUUUCAGGCUUUAAUUUUACCAUGUGUUGAUAGAGUGUACCACGACAAACCUCGCGAUACUUUGUUCUUGGAAACGAGAAUGUUUGAAGUGGCUGCUUGGAUACGGAAUAUUUCAGGAAACACUAGCGAUUAUUAGCGUGGCGUGGAUGUUGACAGUAGGUCACCUUUAUGGCUCUAAUACCCGAGGAUGAAGAUGGUGAAUUCCUGGAGAACUAUGAACCAACCCAUUCACUUUGGAAACUUGUGGAGCAGUAUGUGCCUGUGGCAGAUCUUCCAGAGAUCAAACGGAUUUUGGGGGAAGGCCUGGUUGAUUUAAAUUUAGAGAUGCACAAAGAGGUCGAGACAUGGCUUGAUAUGUGGAGGAGUAUGAUGUCAGAAAAUUCUCCUCCCUCUGAAGAAUGCAUCUCUCAUACCACGCUGACUGAGGCACCUGCCAUAAAAGAGCUUCUGAAAGAGGAGAUUCGACUUCUCCUUCUCAACAUCCGUGAAAAAGCUGGUGAACAAGGCAGAGAUGAAAACAAAGUCUUCCAGAAUUACAAUCCCAAUGUUGUGAAUUUUGUGAUGGAAAACAAGAAGCCUGUCAAGCACUCUAGAAGAAUAAGCAGUGCGAGAUGUUCCCCUGAUGGUCUGCGGUUUCCUCCUAGGCCCCAAUCAGCUGCUGAGAAAGAGGAGGAGAGACCGUUGUCAAGGAUCUCAGCAAGCUUCAUUUGUGAAGACGACAAAGAAACCAUAAAGGACAAGCUAAAUGUCAUACAGAUUGAUGAUGUUGUGGCUCAUAUGAAGUCGGUUUUACAAGAAGAAUGCCACUCUUUGAAAAAGGACAUCAGUAUCUUACAGGAUCACUUAGAAGAUGCUCAUCGCUCCAAGUGUCAGGUCCGUGGGCCAAGACAAGAGCCGUCAAUAGCAGAAUUAAAAGAAGAGAGGAAAAUCAUAAAACGUGACUUAGAGUCUCUUCUCUCGGCUCCAUCAGUGGCAUUACUCCAUAAAGUACCUCAUUGCAGGGCACCUCUGAUGGUUGCAAGAUUUCCCACAUCAUUACAGCAGAACCUUCCUCCAUCAUCAAUACUUGAGAGAAAUGGCCUCAGUCAGAAUUCUUUCCAGCUGAAAUGCCCUUCUCCUGCUAGCACUUUGCACUUAACCAAGGACAUCAGCCUUACUGGUGGUUCAUUAAACUGUCUUUCUGGCCCAUUUCAAAAUAACUCCAAAACAGAGGCAGACACCCAUAUGCCUAUCCCUGAAGAACAGAUCUUGUUUUCAGACAAACAGCCAAUCAGUCCGGUUGCAAGUGCUAUCCUGUCUGAAAAGCAAUUACGCCAGCCUUGGGGACAACCCAUUUCAAAAAACACGCAGUACCCUCAUUUCGACUCAUUACUACCUGUAGAAGAUCAGCUGGAACAAGAAAUGACCUCCAGUCUCACAAAAGCUAUUGCGGGCAUUGAAAAUAAAGACGCGUCAAAAGCGGAGUGGAAGGCAAAGGCAGCCCCUGCCAUAUUCACCGUGACUCUUGACGCAGAAGCCGCUUCCAGUUUUUCAGGUAAAGCAUGCGCACCUUCACCUCCACUUGUCGAGAGGCCAGCCGACAGAGCUCAGCCUGGACCUCGAAGGACACGAUUAUUACAGACACGUAGCCUUUCUAGCAUUACUUAAACAUGGACGAACAUACAAAUGUCCUGAGAAUGUUUAAUCCCGACUUGCAUUUCACUUGUGUAUCAAUCAGUUUUGUGCAGUCCUACACCUUGUGUUUCUUUUUAUUUUUUUUUCUCUUGAUAUGUCCUUGUGUUUUUUAUUUGAUGAAAUAAAUAAUUUAAAGUGCAAAUAAAUGGUGAGUCUACAGCAUAGUAAUUUGGUUGCAUGAAGUACUUAAAUUUUAUAGGCAUUAUUUUAUCAAAGUAC